CCCAUACAAACUCCAAGUAAGUGAAAACUCUCUUCAGAUCCCCCACCUCAUUAUCAGUCUGAUCAUGGAGAAGGAUCUACGCGACGCAUACGCUGCGCUCAAGCUGCUGCGCGCGGACUUGGUGCAGACCCGCCGCGAUAAACGAGCACUAGAAGCUUCACUGACCCACCUGAAGGCCCACGGGCCGCCACCGAGUGCCGCACAAAUCCGUGAGAGUCGAGAGACGCAACAGAUGCAGCAUGAGGACGCGCGUGCGCAAUUAUGGCGUCAGGCUUCAAUUUACGAAAGUCGAUUAGCGGAAAUGGAAAUACAAUUAUUGCACAAUAAUUGCCAAAACAAGGAGGCAACACCAGAAGUUGAAGAUAAUCAGCAAGGAGAAGAAGAGGAAGUGGAGAAGCUCGCGCUGCUUAACAAGCUACAUAGUCUGACAGCCACUGUAAAGCAGCAGACGCAGACGAUGUUGACUCAACAAGCAGCUUUUGCGUUGCAGAAGGGCGAGCUGGAGACGACACUGGAGGACACACAGCACCAGCUACAGUCGGAGAGGAACAAGGCGGCUGAUGCUCUGCUGGAACAACAGGCAGCUGAAGAGAACUAUGAGUUUUUGGAGACUCAAGUGGAGAUCUUAAAGCAGGACAAGAAAAAGCUCGAGGAAGAGAACGAAGCACUGCAAAAUAAACUGGCGGCACAUGCACAGACGAGCAGUAUACUGAAGCAGCAAUUGGAGGAGAAGGAAGAGAAAGAGAAGGAAUUGAGGGACGAGCAUAAUCGAGAGACGAGUGAUCUGCAACACAAGUAUGAACUCCUCGAGUUGGAGCUUAAUAAUGAGAAGGAGAAGAAGCUGCAAGACCAGGCGACACAUGACAGAUACGCUUCGACGUUAAGAGAGUUCGAGAAAACCUGUGAGGACUUACAGACAGAAAUUGCAGCUUCUGAAGCCAAGCGAAGUGCCGAGGCGAAGGAGCACGAAGCAAAGUUAGCAGAGACUGGAGAGACAUACGCUUCGAAGCUGGAAAAGGUGGAAAGUGAGUUAAAGGAAGCGCGAAAGCAGCUCGCAGCAUUGGAGACAAGCAACGCUAUCGAACAGAAGGAGCAAGAGGCGAAGCUUGAGGAGGCUUUGGGAAGACUGCGAGACCAGGAGCAACAGGCCAUGACGCUGCGUGAUCUGGAGAAUAACUUCGCUGACGUGCAGUCAAAACUUACGGCUGCUGAGACUAAACUGGCUGACGGAGCGAAGAAAUACGAGCAACAGCUUGCUGAGGCUUCUCAAAAGUUACUUGAUCAGGAGCAAGACCACAAGCGACACGCUAGUUCACUACGCGAUGUGGAGAAUGACCUGGCUGGAGCCCAGACACAACUCGCAGACACCGAGGCCAAGCUACAGUUAAGUGUGAAAAUGUUCGAAGAGAAGCUCGCGCAGACGUCACAACUUGCUGCACAACAUGAGAAAACGGCUCGAGUCUUAGCUAUGGAGAAAAAGGCGCUUCAGCAGGAGGUCCGUGAAGCUCGACAGGCCUCUAAAGCGAAGGCCGAGGAGCUUCUCAAAUACCAGUCUUUUAUGGAGCAGAAAACUCUGGAAUACAUGCAGUGUUUAAAUCUGGUUCAAGCGCAGUGCGAGUCUCUCGAGACGCAACUGUUAUCAGUUGAAGACCACAAAGAGUCAUCUCACGACAACCAAGGCGAAGAUUCGUACUUGUUGAAGGCUUUCCAUGGUCUUAGCGAUCCAGAAAUCAUCGCUUUGCCUCCUUCCAAGUCGUGGUCUCUGUUACGCUCGGGGAUAACUGAGCUGGGCGAGUUCUUGCCACAGCUUCAGACACUGAUCAGUGCUGUGAGCGAUAUGUUAGCGUUGUGCGAAAGCCACGCUGCUUCACUUCCUACACUGUGCGAGCGUCUUGAAGGCAAAAUAGGCAGCGAAAUGGACCAGCCGAUCCUGGUAGUUACGCUGAGGUUGGUGCGCUUUGCAGUCAUGUUGAAGACUCGAAUUCAGCAAGAAGAAGCUCCAGUGUCUGUAAAAUCCGUUCAAGCUCUACGUAGACGCGUGUUGGAUGCUCUUGCUCAAUGGUACGAAUGUGACGCUGGUGAUAGUGAUCACACUGGAAAUGGGGCCAUGCCCACACCCACUUUUACUACCACUUCUCGUGAAACAGCACUCAUCCUUCAGAACUGGACCAGUGACCGGACUAAGCAGAUUGGAGUGCGACGCUGGCUGGCACGAAUGGAAGCGUAUCCUGGAGUUCCGCCACUUCGAGGAGCGUCGUCAAACCGUGUACUGGAACUUCCUCCUGAAGGUUGUACACUCGAACUGGAAGCAAUGACACCCGAGGUCAAGGACGCUUUUCUAUUGCUACUGAUCCCGAUCUUGAAGCAAAACCGAGCGCUACAUGUACGUGUGUUCACGCGCUACAUUGACGACCGUGAGAUCGCAUCAAGCAGCGAUGAAGACACCGGAAAACUGUGGGCUAUGCGGAUCCAUGUCCAGAGUGCCGUCGCUGUGCAUGCCCAUAAAUCUCGCCCAGCUCCGCUCAAAUUGACGAGCUCUUCUGGCUCACCCAGUCCGCUAGCGCCCAAUUCUCCGGCAUCGUCAGUGUCAUCGUCGACUUCCAGCUCUGCAAGCUCGAGACUACAGAUUAUCCAAGAACGCUUGCAAUAUCUGCACAAUAAUGCAUAAGAAAUAACAGAAUUAAAUAAAUAUGCAUUAUGUCAAUAUUU